AUGUGGUGGGGAAACAAGAAGGCCGAGGAGCCGAAAGAGUCGUCCAAGGACAAGGACAGUGGCAACGGCAAUGGCGCCAAGAACUUCGACCCCGACAGGCUUCCACCACACCAAAAGCUUCCAAAAGCCCUGCAAAAGAUUGUCGACAGAUCCGACAAGGAAGAGAACUUCUUCGAUGAGCUAGUGGACGGGUACGCACCCGAAUCUACCGAGUCCAACGUUCGUUACGCUGCGUAUGCGACGAGAAUACGCACAAUCCUGCUGUCUGCACACCGAUAUGUCGCCUACACCUCUGACAUUGGCGAGUCCUUCCGUCCCGUCGCGCACCCUCUUCUAGUCAGGGGCGCUUAUGGUGUAUCGUGGCUGUACAUACUGGGUGAUGUCAGUUACGAGGGUUACAAAGCGUACUGGUCGAACCAGCGCAUCCUCAACCCGCAUCUCCAGCUCACCGAGAGGCAAGCGAAGGCCACGGGGCUGCCGGGUGCAGUGACGGACGCGACGCAACCCAGCCAAGUCGUCCCUGGCGGUAAGGUGGCGCCGUUGGACGACUACCGUACCGUCAUGAUCCAGCGAGGAAUCUUCCAGAGCAUUGCCAGUAUGGGUCUGCCGGCCUUCACGAUCCAUAGUGUGGUACGUUACUCUGGUCGUGCGAUGAAAAACGUCAAGAACGCGAGAAUCAGGACUUGGGGUCCCAUUGGGCUUGGUCUCGCUGUUGUUCCCUUCUUGCCGAGUCUUUUCGACGAACCAGUCGAGAACGCUGUCGAAUGGGUGUUCCACAAGGGUUUCGAGUCGUACGGUGGUAAGGAGUUCGUCGGCGACGCACCUGCCACAGGCCGGGAAGACUUGCUGGCGAAGCGGCCCAAGGAGAAGGAACUGUAG